UCGCCCUUCUACUGGUUCAGCCCCGGCCCCUGAGUUCUGUCAGACUGGACGAGCCGAUCGAGCCAGGCCUCUGAAAAUAGGAGGUUUUGGGCACGAAGUCUUGAGGAACGAAAUUUGCGGGUCUGCUGAUGGGAGAUGGCUCAUUUCAGGCAUGGUGGGAGGGCAUCGUGAAGAGGGUAUUGUGUGGAACUAGACAAAUGUGCAGUGUACGAAUCGUAUGAACCAUUGGUACAGUGAGCCCGCACAUCAGUGCGGCUACAGAUCCCUCAUUUUGCGCUUCCAAAGCUCGGAUCUUAUCGUAGACAUUGGUCGUUAGGGCCCUUGCAUGGCCUGGUUGUCUGUUUCUUUCGGCCGCUUCUCCCGACUGACCUCUGAACUCGCAGCUGACACCACUUAGUAUGUAGGGACCUCUUCUUUGAAUUCGACCCCCAGGGCUCGCCCACGGACUGAUCGGUCACAUCCAGGAGAAAGGAAGUCGAAGGAGUGGCCCAGCUCUGGAUUCUGGAGAAUUUCUUCUUCCGCCGUAGAGCAGGAGCCGGAUAUGGAGGAUGAGAGACAGGCGAAGGGCGCGGGCCUGAAGUUGCAGAAGGAUGUCGCCAACAUCGGCGCAAUCGACAUCAUCGGAGCAUCGAUGAAAAUAUUCGAGAACCAUCAUAAAGAGCUGGUUUCUCUGUGGUCUCAAUUUCUUCUGAUUCUCAGUAGCAUAGUGUAUUCCGUAAAUUUUUUCGUAAUCCUCCUUUUCCUAGACCAAGAGCUCCCCCUUCCGAGUAAAACUCAAUAUCAAAACUUUCUGCCGGCAUCGACAUCCGCUGUCUUUGAAAACAGAGCCCCAAUUUCUGCACUACCCCUGUUCAUCGCCGGAUUCGGUUUGAUUAGUGUUGUGCUAUCUCAGUGGCAGUGCAGUUUCGUUUCUCUCGUCGGGCGAAUUUACAGUGGCGAGGGCGUGACCCGGGUGGCGCCUUUUCGGUUCUUAGAGCUCUUGCAAACUGAGUUGUGGACGUCCUCGAUCGUGUAUGGCGCUUCUGCCGUGCUCAUGUUGUCGAUCAGGUUUCUGGCUCUGAGCUUCUACCACAGAUGGAGCUGGAUGGUUGCUCCGAUUGCCUUGUUCAGCGUCGUUGCUUCAACAGCCGUAUUGCUCGCAGUUGUGCUGGUGGCUCAAUUAGCCACAGUCAUCAGUGAAAUGGCAAGCUGCUGUAUGGAGGAAGUUUCUGGGCGAGCUGCGUUGACGAAGGCCGUGGCGGUCUUGAAGGGCAAGUGGAGGGUGGGCCUGGGCGUUGCUGUAAUAUAUUGCGGGGGAAUGUUUCUCAUGGGAUCGAACCUUCUCCGCCCCCGAUCCUCUGCUGGUUUCGGGACUAGAUUGCUGUUUUCAUCGUUUGAAAUUUUGUUGAUUUCGAUGUGGAGGCAGCUGACCUUCCUGUGGUGGUCCGUCCUCUACGUCUCGUGCAGAGCCUUCCACCACGAUUACCUUGAUGUGUACGCUCUCCAUCCGGACAAGGAAAGGAUUGGGAGCGGAUCAAAUGAUUCUCUGCUCUGAGAGUGUCUGUUUUCUGUAAGAUUAUUUCUGUUAAAUCUAGCCAUUCUUCAAUCCAGCUCACAUUUGAUCGUCCUUCCAUUUCGUUUUGUAUCUGGUUUUGCUCAUCAUCGCGCGAGAUUUCUCCACCACUUUGCAUCCUGAAGGCACAAAAUAUUUCCGCUUCUCGCAGUUUUGGCCCAUGUGGAUAACAGUUUUGGCGCAUGUGUUGAUUUUCCAAUUCUCGUUCUAAUCCGGAGGGAAGUGUAAGCAUUCUUUUGAAACAUACUCUUGCGAUAGUAGCG